UAUGGUUGUUGGAUUAAGCAGGUUAGAAGCCGGAAAACAAAGGAAUUUAACUAAAAUUCAGUAUGUCAGCUCUGGCUGUUUUAGUGGUGUAGCAACUCGUUUAGUAAUUCAACCUUUAGACGUUGUUAAAAUUAGAUUUCAGUUACAAGAGGAGCCAUUACAUGGUGUAAAUAGAGGGAAGUAUAGUGGUCGAAUGUUAAAAACAAUGAGAAUGAUUUGGAAGGAGGAGGGCUUUAAAGCGCUAUGGAGAGGGCAUAUUCCUGGACAGGCUCUUUCCGUUACCUAUGGUGUUAUUCAAUAUUCCACUUUUGAAGCAUUAAGCAGUGAAAUUGUUAAACUUGGACUUGGAAAAUACAAAAUGACUGCAGACUUUCUUUGUGGAUCAAUUGCUGGAUCUUUGGCAACAGCUUGUUCUAUGCCUUUUGAUGUUAUUCGUACUCGAAUGGUGGUUUCGCAAGGUUAUCGAAAUUUAUUACACCCAAUUAAUAAAACUUGGACAAAGGAAGGAAUUGGUGGAUUUUUUCAUGGUUUAACACCUUCUUUGGCUCAAAUUGCACUUAAUGCUGGUAAAGAUAAAUUUAAAAGGGAAAUUUGUGACUUUCCAUCAAAUUUUUGA